UUGGUGUGUGUAAAUCAGUCAUUCACUACCGCCACUUGUUUCCCUUGGACCCACAGAAGAUUCAAACCUAAAUAGUACCUCUUGAAACUUGAAUUGUUCACAUUAACUCAUCAAGAUGUCAUCGUCAAAGUGUACCAAGUUUCGCACCGAGCCUUUCGAGUACAACGCAGCACUGGUCUGCCGUGAUGUACCGGCGAGUCUAGCGGCACACGCUCUGAGACGGGAAUGGAGUGAAGUGGAUCUACAGGUCACCCGGGACGAACAGGCAGGGUACCUCGCUGCCCUGCGUAAAGUUGAUGUAGAGUUCGCAGUGGUUGAACCCAACGAGGAAUUUCCUGACUGCGUGUUUGUUGAGGACUGCGCGGUGGUUGUUGAGGGUAGGGCCCUGAUCACUAGACCGUGCGCUGCAUCCCGUCGCAAAGAGGUAUGGAGUGCCAAAGGAGGUGCAGCGACGCAACUAAGGCCUUCUGCAAGUGUAGGGGAUGUCAGACUCUUCUGUCGUUGGACAACGCGACAGUUCGGAGAUUGGACAGACAAGUUGUCAUAUCACUGA